CGGGGUGGUGAUUGACAGCGUGCUUCACCGUUCACGGUGAAGAGGGCAGGUUUAACGGGCGUAGCGUUACCUUCAGGUGAAGAGGGAGUGCAAUUACAUAUCUCAUUCAACCGACGGUGCUGUCAACAAACGUGUAGGUGUUACAAAACUCGCCGCAGUUUCUCCGGUUGUAGUUAGCUUACCGUUUUCAGGAGACCCGUUCGUAACAUGUUGGCUGCUGCUGGAGGACGGCACGCCGCCGUGGUGAUUUCGGGGACGGAGUUGGCUCGGCAGCUCCACCGAGAAAUCCAGCGUGACGUGGAAGAGCUGGUAGCUCAGGGCAACAUGAGACCCCACUUGGGAGUGGUCCUGGUGGGGGACGACCCGGCCAGUCGCACCUACGUCAAGAACAAGACCCGGGUCGCCAGCAUCCUGGGUAUUUCCAGUGACACGGUGGUGCGGCCGAGAUCGGUGUCCCAGGAGGAGUUGUUGGAGCUGAUUGACAAGAUGAACCGUGACUGGAGGGUCAGCGGGCUAUUGGUGCAGCUGCCACUUCCCGAGCACAUCAACGAGCGAGCUGUGUGCAACGCCAUCGCUCCAGAGAAGGACGUGGACGGCUUCCACAUCGUGAACAUUGGUAAGCUGUGUCUGGACCAGAGAUCCAUGGUGCCUGCCACACCUGCAGCAGUCUGGGAGAUCAUCAAAAGAGCAGGCAUUGAAACGGUGGGGAAGAAUGUGCUGGUCGCCGGUCGCUCCAAAAAUGUCGGAAUGCCCAUCGCAAUGCUGCUGCACUCCGAUCGCAAGCACGAACGCCCCGGGGGUGAUGCCACGGUGACCAUCGCCCACAGAUGCACUCCGAAGGAGCAGCUGAAGGAGCUGACCAGCCUGGCUGACAUCAUCAUUGCAGCUGCAGGGGUUCCCGGGCUGAUCACAGCAGACAUGGUGAAAGAGGGCGCGGCGGUCAUCGACGUGGGCAUAAAUCGCAUCCAGGUCCCGAACACGGGGAAACUGCGGCUCAUCGGCGACGUGGACUUUGAGGGGGUGAAGGAGAAGGCAGGUUUCAUCACACCUGUUCCCGGAGGCGUGGGUCCGAUGACCGUCGCCAUGCUGAUGAAGAACACUGUGACCGCUGCCAGAAACGCACUGAUGCAUUAAACACACACAGAUACAGUCAAACAGUGUAUCCAUACGUACACACACACACACACAUCAAUUAAUUUAGUUUUGCACACAUUUUAGCAAACACACAUUUUUAUUUGAACAUCCACAAGCUCUAAACUUCAUAACUGCUGGGAAACUUACUUGAUAUGUACUUUGUUUAUACUUUGAAUGUUAUUAUUUAUUUAUUUAUGUUAUUAAUUUCAGAGUUCACUUUUUAUGAAUUUAGAUCAAUAUUUUUUCUACUGAAGUUGUUUUGGUUCAUUGUUGAACAUUCCAGAUACCCUGGAAAAGGACUAAUAAAUGAAAAAUAACGCUGUGG